AAUUCUGACUGAAAAGACUUUUAAGCAAUAUUUUUGCUAAGUAUUUCAAAACGUGAAACGUUGAAGUAUUCGGAAAUACAUCCCCAUAUUGUCUGGAAAUAUUAUUCCGAAAAUGUCCUCCAUAAUGGCUACGAACGAAUUCCAAGCAGUUGUGUUUGCGGCGGGUAAAGGAAGCCGGUUCCCAGAAAUUCUCGAAGGACGGCCGAAAUGUUUACUUCCGAUUGGAUCAUACCCUUUGAUUUGGUAUCCGCUAAAAAUGCUGCAGAUACACGGAUUUCAAGAUGUCAUUGUUAUCGUAUUGGAACAGGAAAAAUCAGAGAUUCAACAGAAACUAGAGAAACAUUCUCUUAAGUUGAAGAUCGAAUUUUGCAGCCUUUCUGGAGAUUCUGAUGUGGGUACAGCAGAUGCAUUGCGUCAAAUUGCUGACAGGAUCAAAACCGACGUUAUCCUACUAUCAUGCGAUACGAUCGUAGCGUUCAGUUUAUAUCCUGCUCUCAAAAAGUUUCGUGAGCACAAUGCGUCAGUGGUCGGUUUGCUGGUUCAAAGUGAAAUGAACAGCGUAGUAGUACCAGGCCCAAAAAUCAAAUAUAAAAGUGAACAAGACUUGUUCGGGAUUUGUCCCGAAUCAAACCGUUUGGUUUUCAUGGGCUCAGUGAGUGACUUUGAGAACGAUUUCCAAAUACCCGGUCACUUGCUGCGCCAGAACGGGGAAAUUGAAAUACGCAGUGGUUUGCUGGAUGCCCAUGUAUACAUUGUUAAAAAAUGGGUUGUAGAUUAUCUUGAAUCAGACGCUGGUUUUUCUACACUCAAAGGAGAACUAUUACCAUUAAUUGUUAAAAAGCAAAUGAGCUCUUUGUUCGAUCCGCAAGCACACACAGAAAAGCCAGUUUCCGAGGUGAAUGUAGAUGUGAAAGCAAGGCAUAUCUUACAGUUCACGUCAUCCAGUCCACUCGACAAGAAAAUUCACGAGUCUUCAAUUUUUAACAAAGUGGUCCCUACUUUGAAUGAUGACAUUCGAUGCUACGCUGUAAUCGCCCCUGUGAAUACAUUUGGACUACGAAUCAACACGCUUCCUUCUUUUUGUUAUGCUAAUCAGCAGAUAUACACAGUUUUCCAGAAUCUGACAGAUCUUCCUGUGACUACUUUGACGACUUCGAGCAGUAUCGUGAAAUCAACGCAAAUAUCGUCAACUACAGUCGGCGAUCAGGCUGUUGUUUCGGAGAAGACUUCGAUUACAUGUUCAGUUAUAGGAGCGAAUUGCGUUAUAAACCCAAAAGUUCGCAUAACUAACUGUAUUCUUAUGGAUCAAGUGACUGUCGAAGAAAGCGUUACGCUGGAAAACUGCAUCAUUUGCGAAAAGUCCAUUGUUAAAUCCGGUACGAUACUGCGCAACUGCUUGAUUGGUUCCAACUACACCGUUCCUGCCAACACGAAAAAGGAUAACGUCCACUUGUCCAACACCGCUGGAUUUAUGGAAAUAUAAUGAACGAAAUACAGAAAAGUUUUGUUGA